UUUAACAACUUUGUUUACACAUUAAAACAGCAAAUUAUAUAUAGUUCUUAAAAUUAUAAUCUAACUUUCACAACAAAUUUUAAUAAGUAAAUCAACAAACUAAUGUUUCAUUAUGGAACCAAGUGCAAAACGUUCCAGAUUACAACAAAAUCUAAAUGUGAAAAUAAAAGCUAUAUUAUCGGAUGCAUAUAAUUUAAACCAACCAUUGGAAAGUGUUUAUAUAUGCCAAGUGAAUAAUAAAAAACAAAUAUCAGUUAUUAUGAAACAAUUAGCCGAAUUGCUACCACUGACAACGCUGCAACAUCUUAAACGUGUUAAUCAAAAUAAUAUUAUUAUAUGCAAAUCUAAUGAUCUUGCCGAGUUGCCACUAAAAACAUACCUACAGAAUGCGAAAUUAAGUCCUGAUAUAAUUGCAAAUAUUAUUGACAAUGUUAAAAAAAUUAAAGUUCCCGGUGCCGCCACAAAAUUACGUAUGCAAUACACAGUCAUGCAUAAAUUAUGGCCAUGCAAAUUUCAUCCUGACAAAUAUAUGGAAUCACUCUAUGAUGGCACUAAUUUUACAAUAACGCAAAAAAAUUUUCAUACCAAAAUGACAAAUCUAAUUUUAACACUAUCCAACGUCUUGGAACAAAAUAAACCGUUUGGUAUUUGUAUUGAUCCACGCACAAAUUCAAUAGUUGCCUUAACAGCCAGUAAAACAGAUUUAAGCUCUGUUAUGCAUUGUCCUAUGGUAUUAAUAGAUUUAGUAGCAAAGACACAAGAAGGUGGUGCUUGGUGUACAAAAUUAAAAAAUCUUCGCACAUCAAAUGAAGAAAAUUGUAAGGACUUUAAUAAACUAAUGCUAAACGGAAUUGACAAUAAAUAUUAUAAUUUUAUUAAAGAACAUGAACAAUUUUUUGAUAUACUCUUAGGUGGGGAACCACCCCGAACUGCAAAAGUUGCAGAUUGUAUGCAAGAACAAGAUAAUAUAGAUAAUGCAAUCGAUAAUUUAGCAAAAUAUGGACCAUACUUAUGUACUGGUUAUGAUGUGUACCUAACCCACGAGCCGUGUUUAAUGUGUGCUAUGGCAUUGGUACAUAGCAGAGCAAAGCGAAUAUUUUUCAUACAUACGUCUUCAAAUGGCGCACUAGUAACUCGUUUCAAACUGCAUGCCGUUAAGGAAAUCAAUCAUCAUUAUGAAGUCUUCCAAUGCUUACUGGACAAUUCCGAAGACAUAAAUAGUACAAAUCCUCAAAAGCAAUAAUUUUACAUUGUGAAUAUAGAAAAUACUGCUGUUUGGAUACAAUCCUAUAGUUAA